UCGCACUGAAACAAUCAAUCGAUUGACAUCGGGCCAAUACCAAGAUAUGAUAAAUUCAUCGCGACGGAACAAAUGGCGCAAAAAGUUGACAACUGAAAUCGAUGAAAAGAUGCGUCUACAUCGUGAGUCAUUUGAUGAGCAGCCUGGUCCACGAGCCGAAGACCAUAAAUCAUAUGCUGAUCAUAUUUUGCGUCAUUUUGAAGAAAAGUUCACAGCAUACACACAGUAUGAAUACGCUUUGCAAGCAUUUCUCCAGUACAUUGACACGAAUAGAGCACUUGAUGCAUAUGCAACCAAGCUCAUCGAUGGUAAGCAAACGUUCAUAUUUGUCGGUGAUCGUUUCAUUGCGAUAGAUUCACCAGCCCGAGGAUAUAUUCGAUCGAAGGUGCGAGAUUUGUUCGAGAAGUUGAAACGUCGCCGUAAAUGUACAGUGGUCGAGGUGGACGAAUUUCGGACGACCAAAUUAUGUUCGUUGUGCUUCCGUGAACUUGAAACCCGACAAAAAUUGGCAAAGUAAAGGAGAAAUAUCGCUAUCUCACAUGCCAUGGAUGCGAACCAUUGUGUGGAGAAAAUGUGCUUGGAAAAGCCCAAGGUCCGAUUGAAUCACGAAAAAGCAAUCGCAAAUUGACGCAGCAACGAAAACAUCGUCCCCGUACUGAUGGUCCACGUAUGGCAUCAAAAUUUCGUAAAUAUAAAGAGAAAACUCGAAUUGGGCGUACUAUCACCUGGAAUCGUGAUGCAAAUGCAGGUCGUAACAUUCUCUACAAAGGAUGGUGUGCUGUUAUGAAUAUAGAGCUACAUCCAGCAUUUCAACGGCAUGUUGAAAAAAAAAGAAGAAAAUGCAGGAGGAGGAGAUCCGACGCCAGCACCACCAGCACGAGCUCGACAAUCAAGACGAGCAGCAUCCAAUCAAAAUCAACAAACAACACAACGAACAUUGCGUUCUCAUCUGGAUCAAGCGCGGAGCUCUCGGCCGUAAGCCCUGGGUUUUGUGCGGGAUUUCAACGUGGUCCUACAAUUCGCUACAAUUAUGUAUAAAAUCCACAAAACCAUAUAAUACUCAAACAAAUGCACACUUACCAGUUACAGACGGGAAGAAAAUGCCUAUCAAAAUCGUAAAUGUUGUUGUGAUAUCCGCAUAAAUUUGAUUGUAAUUUUGUGAUAGACGUUCAUAAUCUUCGGGAUCACUUCCGUAC